AUGACAGCUGUGUUGAACUCAUUUGGAAAAAGGUCAAGCUUCACUCGUCUGCUGGCACCUGUCGGCCAUGCAUCUACUAGGUCGCCUGAACUCAAUCUGACCCCAGAGCUGAAAGAGCUGCCAGCCCUGCUUAAGAGGAUAAAGGAGCUGGAGGCCAGGAAUUUGAACAAGGAAUGGAGUAUGGAGGAAUCGGGAGAGGUGCUAGCUGGGAACGUCCAUAGCAGAUCUCCAACGCACAGUCGAUCUUUGAGUCCUGAGCUGACAAAGAAGGCAAAGCUUAUGGUGAUCCCUGAGGACUCAUCCAUCUGUAAGGAAAUCUUAGAGGAGCCGAUGGAAAAAAUUAAGAUGCCCUCGUGCAAACAUAUUCGCAUUUCAGCAGACGAAAUGCUUGGCAUAUAUCCAGAGGUUAUGGAACACCGUUUGAAUGUCAAGGUAGAGUCAAGGCUGGUGAAGCAGAAGCUAAGAAACUUCUCAGCUAAGAAAAACAAGGCCAUCCAGGAAGAAGUGGACAAGCUCCUAGCAACCAAGUUCAUUGAGCCCUGUGACUAUCCAGAAAACCAAUGGGCAAUGGAGAAUGUGAGUGGAUUUUACAGACUUGAACCGUGCCUGCCCAAAAGAUUGUUACCCCCUGCCCAGAAUAGAUCAAAUGGUAGACUCAACAAGCGGGUACAACUUUUGAGUUUCAUGGAUGCCUUUUCAGGUUACCAUCAAAUCAGCCUGUAUGAGCCAGACAGAAAGAAAGCAGCCUUCAUCACCGAUUGGGGAGUGUUUAAAUAUGUGGAAAUGCCCUUUGACUUGAAGAACGCAGUGACGACAUUCUAG